AUUCAGUCAUGUCUCAUCGAUGGUCCAUUAUCAGUUGUUAGGCCAAAAGCUAUACUAUCCUAUUCUUAUUCUUUAUUGUUAACUAUUAUUAUCAUCAUCAAUAUAUAUCAUCAUAUUACAUUACAUAUGAUCACAUGAUUGGUCGUGUAGUGUGGGGGGGACAUCUUAUCUCAUACGCCAAUCUGCCUAAUUUAAUUAAUUAACCUUUCCCUAUAUAUAAGACCUUAGUUUUGUCUCAAGCCAUAAUAUAUUUCCAAAGUUAUAUACUAUAUUUGAUCUUCUUAACUCUUUCUCUCUUCUCACAAAUGGCUUCUACGCAAUAUGGGUUUGAUCAUCAAAGCGGCGUGGAGGUUAUCAACGACGAGCUUAUCAUGUCGUUUUUGGAAGAAGAAUCCCCCGUCGAAAAUCAUAGUAGCAUCAACAAAGAGGAAGAAGAGAAACUAAACCGUGUGAUUAGAUCGCUAGAAGUGGAGAUCAACAUGAGUUCUCCGACCAUAGAAGCUAGGAAAAUGGAUCUCCAACAGACGAUAACCGGUCUUGAAGAUGAUUUCGGGUGGCUUAACGACUUUGAUAUUGGUAUGAUUUCGUUGCAAAAUGAUGAUGAGAUGAUGAAUUGGUGUACGGAACUUUCUUACAUGGAUGGUGUGGUAGAUAGUAGUGUUCUUGAGAUUGAAGGUGGUGAUUAUUAUUCUCAUAUUAACUAUGGACUUUCAUUUGAGGAACCAACUCUUUCUCUAUGGCAAGAGAAUAAUGAUGUAGUUAUGUAUUAAUCGAUUUCGUGAAGUCAUAAUAUAACAAAGGCUGUUUCGUAAUCCGUUAACCAAAAAAAAAGAAUAAGAAGGCUGUUUCAUAAAUCUUUAAUUAACAAAAGGAAAGAAGAAAGAAAGGCUGUUUUAAUCA